UGCUUUAAGUUUUUGUAAUUUUUAAUCUGUAAUAAACAAUUAUUAAUAAUUAUGAUAUUGAAUAUUGAGUGCUAAAARAUUCGAAAUUCAUAUUGUAUCCACUUACGAAGUGUUUUARAUUAUUUGAUUCUAUAUAAUUUUUGAAAAAUGUUCAAGCCUAARAAAAAUAAUAAUCCAUCAAAAAAACGAGACAAUGAUGCUCCACCUAAAACCUGUGAGUAUGAGCCCAAACCUACUUUGUAUUCAUCGGUCAUUCAAACAGAGUCGAAGUUGAGGAACAUUUCACUUUCUCGUUUGGAGCCUAAGCCGAACACGAUCAAAGGAGGUGUCAGGGAAGUAAAUUUCCCACUGACCAAACACGUGUACGACUAUAAUAAUAUGGUAAAUGUCGGAUUAAAUAGCAAUUCGAGCACAGUAACUAAACCCAAGCCUAGGGAACCACAUUCAACAAAAAAAACAGAACCCAAGUUGAGCGAUUAUUACACUCCUAGUUUUGAUAAUGUACARCGGAUACAGAUGGACAGCGUAAAAACUAAUCCAGAGUUAACAGUACAAUAUGAUGGUUUGGCGGUGACGAGAUUACUGAACGAAAUUGAUGAUUUAAUUUUUAUAUAA